AUGAUCCACUCGGACCAGGUCAACUAUAUAGUCUGGCGGUACCUAUGCGAAUCAGGCUUCGAUCAUGCUGCCUUCUCUCUCAAAAAUGAAAUGCGCAAUGCAGAUGAUUUGGACCGGCAAUGGGCAACACGUGUACCAACGGGCCAUCUUGUCAAUAGUCUUCAGCGCGCCCUCAUGUUUGAAGAAUGUCUUGCACAGCUCGACGAGAACGGCGUUGAGAAGGAAGCAUCCGAGGUUAUUCCAUCAAGUCUUAUUCCGGGUGUAAAAGGAACUUCUAUGACAGCAGCGGCGAUAGCUGGAGCGGCGAAUGGGACAGUAAAGCGGAAAAUCAAUACUGCAGCUGCAUCAGCAGAGGGGGACAAACGCCGGAGAACACCGCCGGCAUCACCCAACGGCACAAGUGCAGCUGCUACGAGUGCUAUGAAUGGUGCAAAAGAUGUCGUGAUGACAGAUGUCGCGAGAGCACCAGCGCAACCAAAAUAUCCGGUCAAGCAACUCACUGACAGCGAUACGAUCUCGCUCGAGGGCCACGUAGACAUCGUGGAUCAUUGCCUCUGGCACCCUUCAGAGCGUCAAAGUCUACUCACUGGAUCUGCGGACGGUACCGUGCGGAUGUGGCAGUUGCCAACGAAACAAGGCGAUGCGGCAUCGAGCACGACCUUUUCCUGCUUGCCGUCACGCACCACUGACAAAUCUGUCACUGCGAUCGCUUGGAAUAAUGCAGGAACAAUGAUUGCCGCGGGCUCGUUUGACGGCGCGCUACGUCUCUGGCAAGCACAAAACAAUAUGCCUGUUGCGUCACCUGCGAGGUUUCACACGGGCCCCAUCUUUGCCGUGAAGUUCAACAAGAAGGGUGAUGCACUACUGACUGCUUCUGGGGACGGAUUGAUUGCUUCUUGGAAUACAGCAGCGAUGACACAACCUAUGCAACGCUGGGAUCUCAAGUCGCCUGUGCUCGAUGUCGAGUGGAUUGCUGAUGCACUCUUCAUCAGCGGUAGCAAAGACGGUCGUCUUUUCCUGUGGCAGCUCGGUCGCGAGACGUCUAUACGACAAUUCGAUGGACAUCAGCAAGACAUCAACGUCCUCAAAUGGAAUGCCGUCAUCAACCUCGGAGCGACCUGUUCAGACGAUACGACGGUCCGUGUCUGGCGCGCAGAUCAAGCAGGUGCUACACAAGUCUUGCAAAAUCACCGAUCACAAGUACAAUCCAUCGAAUGGGCUCCCAACGCUUCCGGCGAUAAACGCCUGCUUGCGAGUUGUUCACGCGACGGGCAAGCAUGUAUCUGGGAUGUUGUACGUGGUGACUUGUUGCACGUCUUGCACCAUGAUCGAUCUCUCUUCACACUCUCCUUUUCACCUGCAAGAAACCUUCUCGCCUGCGCAGGACAGGCUGGUGAAGUGUCGUUAUGGGACGCUGAUACAGGCAAGAUGUUGGCAACGUAUAAGACACAAGGCAUGUUGCAUAGUGUCAAGUUUUCCAACGAGGGCGGGAGAUUGGCAUUGGGUAGACAACGGCCGACCGGGGCCGUCCUCAUGUUGCCAGCAUUAUAA